AAAUAUAAUCGGGGCCGACCGCUUUUAUAUCAUUCGUCAUCACUUCUGAAAGCGAAUAGCCCUGGUGGCAAAGUUGUUGUUGCUCUCAAAUGAAACGAAAUUUCGCGGCAAAUACUAAAUUUUGGGAUUCGCAAGUUUAAUAACUUUUCACCAAACUUAAUUCCCGCAAAAAGAAUAAUUUAGGUUCCGUGAAAUUUAGUUACUUCAAAGUAUAUUAUGCUGAAAUGUAUUUACUACAAGAUUAGUUUUAAACUAAGAAUUACGUCGAGAAGUUUUUCUUCCGCCAUCUCUAGUUUUUAGGGGUGUUCUAUCUUCCAGAGAAUGUUUAAUUCACAAAAGUUCGAAGAAAAUGCCAAUCACAGCCUGCCUGGCCAGCCAUUAUAUCAGCGUUCAUAAUCCGGUCACCACUACAUAACCAGUGCAAAAAAAACAUAAUCGGAUCAUGUGUACAUAAUCCGGCUGUCCCGGUUGUAAACAGGCCGUUUUCGAAAUCUGGGCAGAACAGUGACACAAUGACCGUGUCAUUAGAUAUACGAUAUUGUCUUGCCAAUGAAAAAGUGAAGAAGAAACAGAAAUGGAGGGAUGAGGGAUAGCUAGUAAUUAUAUUAGUUUGGGGUCCAGUUACCAUCAUAACAAAUAUGGCAGCAGAAACAGUUUCAGCAUAUCCCAUAUCUUUUCACAAGGAUCAUGUAUCUUCCUACCCCAUCAGUGAACAUCACAUAAGAGAAGUGUGUGAGGAAACUUGUCAAGAAGAUAAAAAUCAUCUUGAUUUACAAAAUUUCACAUAUAAUGAAAGGUCAGGUAUUAUAUCCAAAACCAAUAAUGAAUUAUCAAAUGGUGGGAUAAGUGAUGAAAUGAAAGAAAACAUUGCCAGACAGAUAACUCACCAUGAUGUAAUGAACAAUGGCAAAAGAGUUGCAGAAGCAAAGAAAAAACGUAAUGUGCGCAAGCGUAACCGCUGUGACAUGUCCCCAGAAGAGUUGCGUAGACUUAGGGAGAGAGAAAGAAAAGCCCAACAAAGUCGUAGGGAUCGCAUUAGAGCACAAAAGAGACAAGCACAAGGAUGGCAUGAUGAUGAUGCUGCAUGGGAAGCUUUUUUAGACCAGACUGAAAACACAGAUAGUGAUAAACCUAAAAAAAAAGUAUCUUCAAAGAAACAAUCAUCCGACCUUCCAUCUAUGGUGUGUAAUAUGUCGCCAAAUAAUGCUCCAACAGAUGAGUUCGUAUCAGAUGCUACAACAACAAAGUUGAAGGAAAGUGAAAUUGAUGUUAAUAUUGAUGAGGAUAGGAAAUUUCAGAAGCAAGUAUCUACAUCAAAUGAAACUGAUUCAAACUGUGGUAGUAAUCAAGAUACCCAGAGUAUGCUGUAUAGUUCGGAUGAAAAUUCCAUGGAUGCUUCAAACAAAGAAUUCAUAAGUAAUGGGAAAAAAAUAAGUCGAAGACAUUUCCUACCUACUGAUGAACUAGAAAGACUUAGAAAACGGGAAAGAGAUGCUAAAAGGAAACAAAGGGAGAGAACACGUCUACUUGCAAACAAUGAUAACUUCUCUGUAAAGGAGGAAAAUGAUGUUUCACCUAACUCAAACACAGAAUCUCAAGACAAAAUCGUCAAAAGUCACCAUUCUGCUUCCCCAGAGCAAAAGAGAUCAGAAGAACAAAGAAAUACCAAUAGCCAUUUGUCUCCGAAAUUUCAUUUGAUGUCACCUCAUCAACACCAUCUUCCUUCAAAUCACCACAUGCAUUAUCCUGCCGUGUAUAUGCCAGAUGCACCUGGCCAUCACCACUCUCCAUCUAGUCAUUAUUUCCGAGAAAGACAUUACCCUGAUAUGUACCUCCCAAGGCUACAUUCUGACGAUCAACAUGGUCACAAAGAAAGAGAUUUCCACUUACCACAUAAUUUUCACAAGAGCCAUCACCUCUCACCCCAUAUGUAUCAUCCAAUUCAUCAACCACAUUCAACCAUUGACCGCUCUAUAUCACCUGAAGGAAGGAAAUCCCCAGAUAACACAUCUCCACCUAGUUCGGCAGAGAAAAAAAGAUUAAUUAGUCGUAAUGUUGACAGAAAAAAGCUUUCUGAGGAAGAGCUUGAGGACUUAAGAAAAAGGGAGAGGGAUUAUCAAAGGGAACGAAGAGCAAGAAUACGAUUAGAAAAGGCAAAAUCUCAAGCUAAUCAUAGCGAUCAACUACAUCCUAAUUCACAGGAAGAUGGUAUGCCAAGAUAUUAUCAUUCACCUCUUUAUCAACCACAUGCUCUUCACAAAAAUCAUGAUGAUUUCCUUUCACAUGUACAUAGAAUGGAAAAGUUACCACAUCGUGUAUUCCCCAGAUAUGAAGGUGAUGAUCAUUAUGAUGGUUGCAAAUAUUCACCAAGCUGUGUUGGAAGUAAUUCAGAGGACUUCAAUGAUGACUAUAUACCAAGCAUGCAUAAUGAAAAAUCUGCCUUAGCUGUUUCAAUUCCAUCUGACAAACAGUACAACAAGUUCACAAGUAGUAAGGAUUCAGAGUUACUUCAAGUUGUUCCCAAAACUAGAGAUUAUGAAGAUAUGAAAUCACAAGACUUUUCUCCAGAAAGUGAGAAGAUGUCCCCUUCAUCGGAUAGUUGUUCAAAGAAGAGUGUUCUGGAAAAUAUUUGCUCCACUCUUAAAAAAGAGUCACCCAAUUGGAAUGGAGAAAUUGAAGAUGAAGAUGGUGAUAAGUUAGUAAUUGUACAGCCUAACACAGAAUUUGAAAACAAAGAUGGAACUACAAAUGUUGAUUCAUUGGACAACAAAGAAAGCGGGAAGACAGAUCAGAUUAAUGGACACCCUAAAGCGUUAAGUUCAGAAUCUAUCAAAUCAUUUGAGGAAAAGAGUAGAGAAAAAUUAACAAGUGAACAAUUGGAAAGACGUCGCAGGUCAAAUAGAGAGGCUCAAAGAAGACGAAGAGCUCGUCUAAAAAUGCAAAACAGCUCAGAGGAUUGUACAGAUCUGUUAAAUACAUCCAGUGAAAGUAAUGAGAUGAAAGAAAAGCUGAAAAUGCCAAAUGGUGUACACGAUGAAUCAUUUUUAGAUUCUCAAUUAAAAGGCUGCCGGGUCAAGGUAACACCAUCAAGGCCUGACUCGCUUUACUCAGAGGAUGUCCACUCACACCACGUGCAUCAUAGGGGAAAGUAUGAUAAUCAUCACAUUCAUGAAAAGUAUGGACGCUUUAAUCCUGAACACUAUCUCUUCCAUGGCAAAAAUCGCUUUUACUAUCCCUCACCACGAUCUUAUAAGGAGAUGGAUGAAUUUCAUCAUUUUUACCAUGAUGCUCCAGGAUAUCAUGGGGACAAAUACAUACACGAUUACCCAAUACAUCACAGACAUAGUCAUAUGCAUGAAGAAUAUAAACAUUCAUCCCGCAUGUACUUGGACAAAUACGAUAGUUUCCAUAGAGUGAUGGAUGUUGCAAAACGUGACAAGAAGUCCUAUUCUAUGCUAUUUUCUCCACCGCUCGUGAAAACUGAGCCUGACAUUGAACCAAUGAAACAGUCUGGACGUAAAAGAAAGCAAUGUGUUCCCAGAAAAGUUGUAUCUUCAGCUUCAAAUACUCCAGAAGAAGAUGUCGAUGUGUGCAAUAUUAGCCAGUCUCCAAAAGAAAAGGAAGUUUUACUUGUAGCAGAGAACACGGAAGAAGAUAAACAACCCUUAACUGGUGAUUAUUUAAUAGAACAAUCCAGUGAAAACAUAUAAAAUUAUUUUGUGCUUCGUAUUUGUAAAUUUAUACAAUUCUUUAGUUGUUUUUUUUUGGGGGGAUAAAAUUUGAAUUUUACGUAUUUAUACCAGUUUAAUGGUUGCAAUGCAGUCGUAUCGAGCUUUUGAUAUAAGUUCUCAUACUACAUUGAUUCGACGUUUGAAAUGGUCAUUUAAGUUACGGUUCUGAUUUUCUAAUUUAAACGUCGUUUUUUUUAGAUUUCUUUCUGGAAUUUUUUAAGCAUUCUUAUCAUAUUCAGUUAGUGAAUCAAUAACUAUUAUAUGUGGUGAUUUAUUAUCCAAAUUUAUUUUAUGUACUAUUUUUAGAUUGUAUUUAAGACAGCUGUGAACGUGUCAGUAUUGUAAACCUUUUUGUCUGUUGCGCGCCCUUUUAGUAUUUUUUCCUAUGUUCUAAUUGGGAGCCGCAGUUUGUGUAAAAAUUAUGGAUAUAUGUGUGUACAUAAAAUGAUAUUUAUAUAGAUAUAUUUAAAAGUAUAGAGAGUAUAUAUGAAAAAAACAUACGAUGUAUAAAAUAUAAAGUAUUUCAAUAUCGCAGAUUUAAAAACGAGUAAUUUGGUAGCUAAAAACAGAUGAGUUUGUUGAUAAAACAGUUGGAAAUUCAUGCGAAUUUUACAGGUUAUUAAAUGUGACUAAUUUGGUCUUCUAAAGACUGUAGGUUGUAUUUUAAAAUGUAGACAGAAUAUAUACGUUAGUAUGUUGGCGUUAUAGUAAUAAAAUCUUUAUCGAAA